AUGUAAAUGUAAUAAGCCCCACCUGUAUAAUUUGAAAAAUGCCCCAAACAUCCUCAAAAUGACAUUGUGCUCUUCUGUUUAUCAAUUGAAUGUAAAGAGCCUCUAUGCAAGGAUUGUUGCAAACUACAUGUUCAUUGGCACAAUCAAUAGGGGACCUAAGCCAACUUAGAUACAGUGGAUAAUGUUAGACAAUAAUUACUGACAGAUGUACAUGAAAUGAAGCAUCGAUUUGAAGAAGAAAGAGCUAUUCUUCAUCAUUUUAGUGAUAGUGAGUAAUCUGAAGCCGUGAAAUAGUUGUAAAAUAAACUGUAAAAAGUCAAAUAAACUCUUCUUGCUGCAGUACAUGAAUACUGUCAUUAAUUGGAAGAAUAAGUAAAGCAGCGUAUCCACUUACAUAGAUAAUCACAUCCUGGAGAAAAGAAGGAACUUCAUCAAAAAUUGAAUACAAUCAUCAAUAACUUAGAUCAAUAGGAAAAGAUGUUGUUACAACCUAAAUAUAUAAGAGGUUGCUUGAUGGUUAUGAGUGAAGAAUAGAAUCACGACUUUGAUUAGAUUGCAUUUGAUGUUGACAAUGCUCUAAAACAUUACCUAUCUAAUGCAUUCGAUUUGGUUAUUUCAGAAGAUAAAUUGGUUCGAAUAGUCUAGUCAUUCAAUGAGUAUGUAGAAAUACAAGAAGUGAAUCUAAGGGAAGAAUUAGACCAUUAUACUAGAAAAAUUAGGGAUAAUAAGAAAAACCCUCACGAACCUCUCAAUAAAUAAUUCAAUUCAACUUCUUAGAAAUAAUUAUAACCAAAAGAGUCUAAAUUAAUGCAAUCCAUCUAUGACGACAAAUUCAGACCGACAUUCCAACCAGGCGCAUCAUAAUAUAGACCCAAUUUCAACGACAGCAAGGCUGAUUAAAUCAUGUCAAAGUUUUAUCAUUGA